UGAAACUGAAGAUAAAAAAAAUGGUUAUAAAUAUGGCAGCAAAAUUGCUUUUAGUAUUUUCUACUGGACUUAUAAGUGAUUAUGUACUGGCUGGAGUUGUAAUAAAUAGAAAUAAUACUGUACAUGGAUGGAAUGUACUGAUUGGUAAAAAAAAUUUUAAUAUAUUUGGCGAGUGUAAGGGUUUAUUUAUUAACCGACAUGUUUUUAUUACCGAUGCCGAAUGUUUUAACUAUAUGCUAAGAGAGGGCGAUGUUGACCGUAUAUAUUUUUCAAAUCAAAACUCUAAGAACUCAGUUUACACAGUAGACAAAGAUAAUAUUUAUUAUAAUGAAGAUUUGAGUGAAAUUUAUGACCGUAAUAAACGUCAAAUUAUUGUAUUAAUGUCUAAGAAUCCGAUAACUGAAGAUUACAUUGAUCUGCAUAGUAAUAUCAGUGAUAUUAAUAGUCAGAAAUGUUACGUAUUUAACGACCAAGAUUCUCAGUUAGAUCUUAGUCCUUGCAAAACAACAACAUUUAAAUAUAUAUCGAAUGAUGAUAUUCAUGAUCCAGCGUUCGUAUGUUCUUGGACAGAUCUUACUAUGAUUUCUGGCAACGCAGUGAUUUGUGAUUCGAAAGAAAACCCUCAAAAGAAAAUUUUUCUUGGAUUAUUGUCAACACAUAGAAAUUUAAGUGAUGAUGAAGCUGUAUUGAUUGGAGUAGAAAAUGUAACCGAUUUGCGAGAUAUAAUCGACAAAAAACUGAGUGAACUUCUGUAGUAACUUUUUGUUUGCGUUUGUAAAUAUCUAAUUAAUAUCAAAUAUUUUACAAUAUCAAUGUAUGUGCUAUGCAAUGAAUUAAACU